AUAGUAAGUAAACACCACUCUACUCUGCAUAAUAUAAGAUCCCUAGUAUCUCGGAAGAUCAUUAUAUCAAUGGCAACUGCAGGUGUGGUAGAAAUUCGUCCUCCUACGCUAUCUGGAACCUCCGAACCACCACCUCUCUUUGAUGGAACAACCAGGCUGUACCUGAGUUAUUCAUGCCCAUUUGCUCAGCGCGUAUGGAUCACAAGGAACCACAAGGAAUUGCAAGACAAGAUAAAAUUGGUUCCUAUUGACCUUAUGAACAAGCCAGCUUGGUAUAAAGAAAAGGUUCAUCCGGAAGGCAAGGUGCCAUCACUUGAACAUAAUGGUAAGGUUUUAGUGGAAAGUAUUGACUUGAUCAAAUAUGUCGAUGCAAAUUUUGAAGGGCCAUCAUUAUUUCCCCAUGAUUCCGUCAAGAAGGAACUUGGAGAGGAGCUAAUAAAGUAUGUUGAUACGUUUACAAAAGAUGUGUUUGGUUCAUUCAAAGGCGAUCCCAUAACACAAACUAGUGCUUCGUUUGAUUACUUGGAGAAUGCUCUUGGUAAAUAUGAUGAUGGGCCAUUCUUCCUUGGUGAAUUUAGUUUGGUGGAUAUUGCCUAUAUUCCCUUCAUUGAGAGGUUUCAAAUCCUCUUCUCUGAGGUGUAUAAGCAUGAUAUCACAGCUGGAAGGCCUAAACUAGCAGCAUGGAUCAAGGAGCUGAAUAGUAACAAUGCUUAUAAGCAAACAAAAUUGCUUGAUCCACAAGAGUUCGUUGACUUCAUCAAAAAGCGCUUUUUGGGUCAGUAAUAAACAUCAGCCAACAGCAAGUGUUUAUGAUGGCAUUAGUCAAAAUAAAGUGUGAGGUGAAUGCUUCAAGGAAUGCUUUAGUUUUACACUA